AUGAUUGAUUUCAUUGACAAGCUCACAAUUUAUAUGACCAAUCUUUUUAAAUGUCAUUUUGCAAAGAUUGAUCAUGUUAUUGCCUAUCUCUUAUCAAUCUACGGCAAUUGGUUGCGAGAAUGGAUACAAUCCAGCGAUGUCUUGAUGGAAUGGACGUCUACAACAUUGAUUUUCUUCAUUACUGAUGUUAUUCUUCUAAAGAGGUUAUCAUAUAAUUACUGA